AUGCACUCAGUUCUGGCAGCCGCUGCCGAUGCAGCAGAUGACCCAGAUGACCCAGACGGUGUCAGCGCAGUACGUGCAGGCAGCACAAAUGCAGCAACUACAGCCUAUGCAGAUGGCGCCGCACGCCUGGGCAGUGCUGCGAACCUCAGGCGCCUGCGCCGAAGGCGUGCUGCAGAGCGCAAGGCUAGGGAGGAAGCCAUUGACCUGGCUCACAAUGUUGGAUCUGAGGGCAAACAGCAUCAAAAGCCCUGGAAGCAAGAGAGCUCUGAAGCGCAGUUGAGGGGCCGCGUCUGGGCUCUGGCUCAGGAUAAGGACGGCUGCCGUCUGGUCCAGAAGGCCCUGGAGAAGCUUGCCAGGAAGGGUGGUCGCGAAGCUGCUACCAUCGCCUGGGAGCUUCGUGGCCACAUCCUGGAGGCCAUCAAGCAUCCACAUGGGAACUAUGUGAUCCAGAAGGCUGUCGCGCAGCUCUCCGUAGGUAGCUCCAGCUUCAUUGUGCAGGCGAUCCAGGGCUCUGCCAUAAUGGUGGCAAAACACCGGAUGGGCUGCCGCACCUUGUGCCGUCUUCUGGAAUUCUGCAGCACCAACCCCCAGGUAGGCCGCCUCGUGGAUGAGCUGAUGCCGGAAAUAUCGGAGCUGUGCUGCCACUCCUUUGCACACCACGUCGUGGAGUCUGUCAUGGAGCAUGGUGAGGAGCGACACAAGCACAGGAUUGCCCGAACUCUGCUUACAGAUGUUAUGAGAUUUGCAGAUCACAAGAACACCAGCUACCUUAUCGAGAAGGUUCUGUCUAACUGUAGUGACGAGGAUCAGAGGGCCAUGCUGUAUGCCCUGGAUCUCAACCGCAUCAUCGAUUUGGCGAAGACCCGGUACGGCCGCCACGUAGCGAAGACCAUGCUCCAGGACCGUCGCUGGUACACUGCCUGGGGAGCUGAGAAGUCCGAACAGCUCAUCUCCCCCUGGAAAUCUGAACUGGAGGCAGACUGCUUCGGCUUCCUGUUCCUCAAGGACAUGGCCAAAUCCUGGCGCUAG